UUAACGCAAAAAAAUAAGGAAUAAUAGGGACAUGAAUCCCUCUUUCUUUCACUUCACAAGCCAAGCAUGCAUGAACUAGUAACCAUGGUGUGAUACGAUGUCGAUGAGGAACCAUGUUGCAUCCAUUGGCAUCAUCAUCAGCAAGCUACGAUCGUGUAAAAGCAUUGUUAGCAUCAUCAUGCAGAACCAUCCAACAAGCCCUUCAAAUUCAAGCCCACAUGGUGGUGACGGGUCUCCACCACGAUCUCUUCCUCUCCACCGCACUCAUCUCCUUCUUCGCCACCAACCACCGCGCCUUACGCCACUCCCGCCGCCUCUUCUCCCUCGUCACUAACCCCGACCUCUUCCUCUGGAAUGCCAUCAUCAAAGCCCAUUCUCUCUCCCCCAACCACGCUUUCUCUCUCUAUAAGUCAAUGCUCUCUUCUUCCUCUGCUCCUUCCCCUGACUCCUUCACCUUCCCUUACCUCCUCAAGUCCUGUGCUAACGCACGAACCCCCCAUUUGGGUCUUCAGCUUCAUUGCCACCUUGUGAAGUCUCGGUUUCACUCCCAUGUCUUUGUUGCCAACGCUCUCUUGCAUUUCUAUUGCGUUUUCAGGGAUGCCCAUAAUGCAUAUAAGGUGUUUGAGCAAAUGCCUGUAAGAGAUUGUGUUUCUUAUAACAUGAUGAUUAAUGGGUUUGUGCGUGCGGGUCGUGCUGGUUGUUCUAUGAAAGUUUUGGGGGACAUGAGGGGUUUUGGUAUUCGGCCUGAUGAGUAUACCCUUGUUACUUUGUUGUCUGCUUGCUCGUCGUUGGAGGAUCAGAGGGUUGGGAGGCAGGUGCAUGGCUUGGUUUACAGGGAAUUGGGUUGUUUAGGUGACAAUGCUUUGUUGGUGAAUGCCCUCGUCGAUAUGUAUGCUAAAUGUGGGUGCUUGGAAUUGGCAGAGAGAGUUGUGAGUGGGGUUAGAAAUGGGAAGAGUGUUGUUGCGGCUUGGACUUCUUUGGUGAGUGCGUAUGCGUCGCGCGGAGAUGUUGAGGUUGCUCGAAGAUUGUUUGACCAAAUGGGUGAAAGAGACGUGGUUUCUUGGACAGCCAUGAUUAGUGGUUACUCUCAUGCUGGAUAUUUCCAGGAAGCAUUGGAACUGUUUGAGCAGUUGGAGGGUUUGGGAAUGAAACCAGACGAGGUUGCUGUUGUUGCUGCUCUUUCGGCAUGUGCGCGGCUGGGUGCCCUUGAGUUGGGAAGAAGGAUUCACCUUAAAUAUGCCGCUGAGAAUUGGCACUGUGGUCAAAAUGGAGGAUUCACUUGUGCUGUUGUUGAUAUGUAUGCCAAGUGUGGAAGUAUAGACACUGCUUUGGAUGUAUUCUGUAAAACAAGUAAGGAUAAAAAAACUACUAUUCUUUAUAAUUCUAUUAUCUCUGGUCUUGCUCAUCAUGGCCUUGGUAAAUAUGCUAUAACUUUAUUUGAAGAAAUGAGGUUAUUAGGAUUAGUACCGGAUGGGGUAACAUUUGUAGCACUUUUAUGUGCUUGUGGUCAUAGUGGUUUUGUUGAUGAGGGGAAGAAGCUGUUUGAAUCCAUGUCGACUGACUACGGUGUCAACCCUCGAAUGGAGCAUUAUGGCUGUAUGGUUGACCUUCUUGGAAGGGGUGGUCUUCUGAGUGAAGCGUAUCAUUUAAUUCUGAAUAUGCCAUUUAAGGCGAAUGCUGUGAUAUGGAGAGCAUUGCUAAGUGCUUGCAAGGUACAUGGAGAUGUGGAAUUGGCUAAACUUGCCUACCAAGAGCUUCUCGCGGUGGAACAUGAUCAUGGAGCCCGUUAUGUGAUGCUAUCUAAUAUGCUAGCUGACAUGGAUCAGCAUGACGAAGCUGCAAGCGUGAGAAAAGCAAUUGAUAAUGUUGGUAUCCAGAAGCCACCUGGUUGGAGCUAUGUGGAAAUGAAUGGAGCUCUUCAUAAGUUUCUGGCAGGUGACAAGUCUCACCCAGAAGCCAAAGCCACUGAGCUGAUGCUCAUGAACAUCAAUAUGGGAGUAAAAUCAAUUGGACAUGCUAUCAGUGCAUCAAAAAUGGUGUUUGAUAUAGAUUAAUAGCAUGUUUGGAAAUCCUUAUUCAAUUGAUUUUAAAGGCAGGAUCAAUUCUAAAGAGAAGCUUCUGAGUUAUGAGUUCCAGAAUAUAUUUUGAGAAAAAAUAAGUUAUCAGACAUGCUAUUAUUAAGUCGAGAAAGAUUUUGGGUGAGAAAUUCUAGCUUUGACCAAAUGGGGUUAUUGUUGGCUGAACUUAAUUAAGCUGUCAUCCAAGUAAUGCCUAAAUAACAAAAGGAAGGUGAUGCCCUGUGAUCUUGCUGUGUGAACAUUUAUCCAAAAUAGAAUGGAUAUUGACAUUUUGGUAUUUUCAAAGAAAACUCAGGAUCUUCGAGCGUACAGUGGUUAUUGGACUUUGUAUCUCCAAAUUUGAGAGUCGCGAUGGAGAAUCAGCUAACAACAUUUCGUAUUUUAACAAGUAAAAUCGCUGUGAAAAGGGGUAUUUACAGCAAUGACAUUUUUCGAAUGUGAGAAAUUCAGAAGAGAUACAUGCUCUACAUGGUCAGAAAAUUUAGAUAGAGUUGAGCUGAUACUUGAGAUUCAAUGAUGGUGAUAUAGUUAGAUACAAAAAUAAACUGAAACAGGUAAAGAGUGUAUGCUGUUUUUGUUAAAAUUUCUUUUCCUGGCUUAUAUAACACAAAGAUGCAUAAUAUCAAUUGGUUCCA